UGAGGAGGACGAGGCGAGGGUAGAAGCGGAGAGCGAGCCAGAGGUCAGGAGAGAGCCGCCUGCACUGAGCUCAUCGCUGAAGCAAACCCAAUCAGUAACAGAGGCCGGGACAGGAGCAGCAGGAGCCGCCACCGCUAUUGCUGCGAGAGCGCCGUAAGGAGGGAGCGGUUCCAUCGUUGAAAGUGACUCUGCGAGCUGAGCACGUGAAGCCAUGGCUACAGACGAGAGAUUCAAGAAGAAGAUGGAGCAGGUGCGGAUUCUACUGGACGACCUGAAGAAGCUCUCCAGGUUUGACAAAUCCACCAUCUCAACCCUGCAGAGGAUCGGUGUAAUCUAUGAUCCAUACAACUUGGAGGAGCAAUCCGCCCUCGAAAGAGCCUUCCACAAGGAGGGCGGUAUAGAGCUCUACAUGAAGAUGCUGACGUCCCUCUCGCCGGACGCCUCCAACGUCCCGGAUUCCCUACAGAGACCCAUGGAGUGGAGCACUCGCAGCCUGGUGGAUUAUGUUACGACGUCAGAUCAGAGUCAGACCUUCGUGGACUGUGGAGGCCUCAAGUUCCUGCUGAGCCUGCUGAAGCACCACGCCUGCCAGGGCCUCGUGCUGCGCUUUGAAUCCCGCAACACGCUGAGGUUUGCUGUUACAACUCUAAGAAACCUGAGCACGGAGCCGGAGCUGAAGUCGUGCUUCCACCAGGAGCGAGCGGCGGACGUGCUGGCCUGCUACCUGGACGUGCCCGACGCUCCCUGCAAGCUCUCCGCUCUGAACGCCCUGGCCGGGAUCGCCACUGAGCAGGACCUGGACAUCAUCUGUAACGCACAGGGAGCCAUCUCCCUGCUGACGGACAUGGUGAACCGGCCCUCAUACAAGGACUACACGCUGCUGGAGAACAUCCUGUACUCAUCCAAGGGGCUGGUGAAGACUCUCACCAUGGUCUCCAUCACGGCCGGCAUCCGCAGGAAGACGGAGGGGGCGAGCUCAAGUCUGGACAAGAAGGUGCUGGAGGAGAUCAUCCCGAAGCUCAGGGAGAAGCUGAAGGUGGAGGUGGAGAAACGAGACUACACGCUUGAGUGGGGAGACAUCGCCGUCCACCCCGCACGUCGCUCCGUGCAGAAGUGGCCCAAGGCCAGGGACGGCCUAAUCUACAUCCCCUACAAAGUGUCCGUCGCCUUCUAUAAUGGCGACAUCAAGAAGAUCGAGGAGGCGGCUCUGGAGUUUGAGAAGAAAACGUGCGUCCGGUUCAUCCCUCACUCUGAAGAGGCCGACUACAUCUACAUCCAUGCACGGGAAGGGAAUUGGUCGUUCCUGGGCCGUCAGGGCGGGGACCAGGCAAUGUCCCUGGAGCCCGGCAAGGUGACCAAGGGCGUCGUUCUGCACGAGUUGAUGCACGCACUCGGCUUCCACCACGAGCACUGCCGCAGCGACCGCGACGACCACCUCUGGGUCCACAACCACAACAUUAAGCCAGACUGGGUCGAUGCAAUUGUGAAAACAACAACAAAUGGUCACAAUUUAACCACCCCCUAUGACUACAGCUCUAUCCUUCACUAUGGCGCGUAAGUGUUUAGUUUUC